AUGAAGUCCGGAGCGCGUCCGCGACGCGUGCACGUCUUCUGGAAUUUCCUGACGGCCCCGCUGCCCCUGGAGCAGGUCGAGGACUUCCUCUUAAAGCUGCACGUGCAAGCCGGGCACCCGAACGAGAUGGAGUUGGCCUUCUACUGCGAUGCGCGCACCACCGACCCCGGCGUGCUGAACAUCAUCGAGCAGCGCACGUCUGCCACCAUGCUGCACACGCGCGCCCAGCUGGCCGUCGAGCGCAUCUGCCGCGCCAUGGAGCGCCUGUCGGACGACGAGGACCCCGGGCUGAUCGUGCUGAUCUCGGAUUCGGACAGCUACUCGCGGACGCUGACCCAGCUCGCCCGCAAGUACUGGAAGCUGCAGAUUGUGCACCCGGCGGACGCGGACCCGGCCUUCCGCGACUACGCCGACCACGCGUACACGAUCACCGAGGUGCUGCUCGGCGGCGGCGGCGGGGAGGACGACUGGAAAGAGAAGAAAAAGUCGAAGAACGCCGACGACUACCACGUGGAGAUGGAGGAGGAGCUGCAGCUCAAGACGGCGCUGCCCAUUCACGUGUCGCGCUGCUUUCUGCUUCAGGCCUCUGCCCUGUCCGUCUCGAUCCUGUGGCAGCUUCUGAGCCCCGACCAAUUCCUCGCCCACUUCAACGAGGCCACCCGCGUCGCCUUCAUCGUCAUCGGCGGCGGGUCGGCCGAUUUCAUGACGAACAGCCUGGAGAUGCUCAUCCAACGUGUCCGCGUCGCCUCGAAAAAGGCGCUGCGCGUCGUCCGCCCGCCACCCAAUGGGGAGUCGUCGUCAAUGAGUUGGCCGUCGACGGGACAAGGCGCGGUGCGGAAGCCGGAAGAAGCCACCGGAUGGCCUGACAUCACGACGUCGUCGUCGGAGGGGAGCUGCGAAGAUCUGGGCGUCAACUAUCGCCCCUCGCCCUUCGGCGGAAAUGGUUUUGAAAACAAAAAGGGCUUCCCGUCAAACCCGUGGCUGUCCGACGUCACCAACACGUCACCAAACAACUACAACCCGGCCGCCAGCGGGACGCGCAUCGACGAAUUCGACGGGAUGCCCCUCAACCCGGCCGCCAACGCGUUCAACGUCGACUCGGGCAAGGGGCCAAACUUUGGUUACGGUAUGGGAGCUGGCGGCCCCGGAAUGGGCGGCUUCGGAGCUGCAAAACCACCGCCCCUCCACAACAACAACAUGGGCGGGUUCGGCGGCGGAAUCGGAAGCGGCUUUGGCGGUGGUCUCGGCACCGGAUGCGCGUCCAACGGACCAAUCGGGAUGGGCGGCUGCAACGGCUUCGGCGGCGGUCUGGGAUCCGGAAUCGCCACCAAUACCCCACCGCCACCUGCCCCCUUCGGCGGUCACAACCCGUUUGCCAGCGAGGAGGGAUAUCGCCGACGCGUGCAACAGCGUCGCCGCAACCAGCAAGACCCGGUUGCGCCCAAGGUCGACCACCGCAACCCGAACGGCCACCACCAGAAGAUCAUCGUCACCCCGGGCGCCGUCAAGAAGCAGGACGACUACGCCAUCAUCCAGCAGCAGCCGCCGGCGCGUCCGCAGCGCAACAAACCAACCGCCACCAUCGCCCCGCUGAUGCCCGCGCCUCCACCCACCGUCACCACCAUCGUGACGCCGCCCGUUGCUGCUCAGCCUCAGCAGCAGCAGCAGAUGCCACCCCCGCCUCCUAGCCCGCUCUACCAGCCGAACGGCGCCAGCGGGGAGACGGUGCCCCCGCAACGAAUUCAACAGCCGAACGGCCUCGAGUUCACGCGCGAGCCUUUCCGGAAGCCGGCCCCGCAGUGCGUCCUCUGGGAGCAGAAACACCACCGCAACGAGACGGGCUGCACGCUGUGGCACCCGCGGCAGACGUGCCGCUUCUACCCCCACUGCGCUCAUGAGGCGAACAACUGCGGCUUCGGGCACCCGUUCUGCGGCGGGAAGUGCUACUGCGACCCGGUGGACCGCGACCCGCAGCUGAACCACUGGACCGACGAGAUGCAGCGCGUGCUCGGGCACCGGAACCAGCAGCCCACCCUCGGUGACUUUAUGCCCAUCCCCAGCGGGCCG